GGUUAACACGUAUUCUUUUAUCCAAAUCUGGUAAAUACCAUGCUUCACAAGGUACAUUAGAGAAAAUUCUGCAGUUUCCGAUGAUUUUGGGACGGAUUUUAUUAUUUUAACAUGACUGAGGAUUCGUUGUCUCAUGAAAAACCCGGGAAAAGACCGUGUAGAGUUUGUACUGAUUUUAAAUCUUGGACGAAACAGAAGAAAGUCGAACAGGCAAAUGAAGUCCAUGGCAAAACAAGUGCUGAUACUUCAGGCAGUGAAACACUGGCAAGCUCAGAGACAGAGGACCCCAAGGUGGAGUGUCCACUUGACUUGACAGAACUGGGUCAGGGAACAUGGGGAUUCCUUCACACAAUGGCUGCAUAUUAUCCUGACAAGCCCACGACGGAACAACAGAGCAAUAUGAGUCAGUUCUUCAAAUCAUUUUCACGAGUUUUUCCCUGUGAAGAUUGUGCAGAGGAUUUACGUGACAGAUUAAAGGACAAUCCGCCAGCAACAAAGAAUAGAGUGGAGCUAUCCCAAUGGCUGUGUGGGAUACAUAAUGAAAUUAAUAAAAGGUUAGGAAAGCAAGAAUUUGAUUGCUCCAAGGUUGAUGAGCGAUGGAGAGAUGGUUGGAAAGACGGCUCUUGCGACUGAAUGGAAAAUUAGGAAACAGCUUAAAAGCAAAACCUAUAAAGCAUUAGAAUUGCAGGGUGCCUUUCUUAACGUCACUAUUUAGGCUAAAACAAUAUUUAUUUGUGCUUUAAAAUAAUUGCAUUUCUUAGAUUAUAAUCACCAGGUGUGGAUACAAUUGAAAAUGUAGGGGCCAUACCACUUGCUAAAGAUGAUUUAGAUAAACACACAAUUUAGUAAUAUAAAAUAAUUGGAAAUAUAUAUAUUUGAUUUUACACAAUAUUAUUUACA